GGAGAAAGUUCUUUAUCCGAUAUUAGUUUGUUUGAUGAUAUCAAUCUGUUGACAAUAGGUGGAAAACGUUUGCGAAUUGAGUGAUCUAUCAGCAAUAAGAAGUCUAAGACUAUACUGGAUAGAAUAUAAUUUAUUCUAAUAUAAAGCCCUGUUUCUAUCCACAGAAAAUGAAUCUUACGAAAACCCAAUUACUGCAUCUGAAACUGAUUCUAGUAGUUGUAUGUACUUACGUUACAGAAAGCUCAGGCAAAAAUAUUAUGUAUCCUGACAACACUACAGAUUCGGAUAUGGUGAACAAUUAUACUGGCGUAUCAGUAUCAACAAAUUCAACACAGUCAUCAGAACCAACGCAAUUACCACUCAUUUCAUCUGAUCCCACAACAGCUCAACCAAUAGGAUCCUAUCCUCCAACAUCAACAUCUUCUCCAGCAUCAUCAUCUCAACCAACAUCAUCAUAUCCUCCUGCAUUAACAUCUGCUCCAGCAUCAUCAUCUCAACCAAUAUCAUCAUAUCCCCCAACAUCAAGAUCUUCUCAAUCUUCAUCAUCUCAACCAAUAUCAUCAUAUCCUCAAACAUCAACAUCUGCUCCACCAUCAUCAUCUCAACCAAUAGCCUCAUAUACUUCAACAUCAACAUCUUCUCCAUCUUCAUCAUAUCCUCCAACAUCAACAUCUGCUCCAGCAUCAUCAUCUCAACCAAUAGCAUCAUAUCCCCAAACAUCAACAUCUUCUCCAACAUCAACAUCUUCCCCAGCAUCAUCAUCUUCUCCAGCAUCAUCAUCUCAACCAGCAUCAUUAUAUCCUCAAACAUCAACAUCUUCUAUAGCAUCAUAUCCUACAAAUUCCACCUCAUCUCCUGAUGAACCACCACAAUUUGUGCCAACGACUUUGGAUCCGUCAACAGAACGAAUUGACACAACAACUGCAGGAGUUGAUGAAGGAUACGAAAUAGAAGCAACUGAUGAAAACGUAACACAGUGCGAAAAUACUACUUACCCAAUCACACCCGAAAAAACCACAUCAUGCCAGACCAUAUCAAUACAACACAUCCCAACAAAUUACGACCUAACAACAACGAAAACCACAUCAACGGAAUCAUGUCGAACAACAAGUAGGUCAUACCCCAUAGAAAUUGAAACAACCAUUGUAACGACUGUAACCAAAACAACCAUAACUAGAAACAUUUCCAGAAAUUCCUCAUACACACCCUUACCAGGUGAUGAGAAAUGCACAGAAAGAGGCGGGGAGUGUUCAACUAAAGCAGAGUGUGUCGGUGGGAAAUAUGUCAGCAAUUUAUGUGCAGGAGACAAAAAUCGGCGUUGUUGUAUCAAAGAUGAUCCUGAACCUGAAAAGUUUAAUUUAAUAAGUCGAGAGAAAUGGGGCUCAACAGUGAAAAGAUGCGUGUUAAAACAAAUCAACUUACCCGUUUCUAAAGUUUUUAUUCACCACACAGAAGGAGGACAUUGUUUGACCAAAGAAGAGUGUUUGAAAAUUGUCAGACAGAUCCAGAAAGAUCAUUUGAAACGAACUUCGAAAGUGAAAGGCACCAAUAAACGCGUUAAUUGGAUUGAUAUUGGCUACAGUUUUCUUGUUGGCGAAGAUGGCAAUGUUUAUGAAGGUCGUGGAUGGGAUAAAGAAGGCGCUCAUACACCUGGAAACAACAAAAUCGCCAUCGCUAUCAGUGUCAUUGGUAAUUUUAUGAAUAAGAUACCAAAUGAAAAGGCCUUAAAGACAGUUAAAAACCUAAUAGAAUAUGGAGUUGCCAAUAAGAAAAUAAGUAAAGAUUAUAGAUUGUUUGGUCACAGAGAUGCUAGUAAUACUGACUGUCCAGGGGAUAGUUUUUACGCAUUGAUAAAAACAUGGCCACAUUACGGGAAAAUUUAAUUAUGAUUUGCAAUGCUGAACGGGUAAUGUGCCGCGGAUUAUCUCUCAUAUAAUAUUUUUUCCAAUGUGGAUCUAUGUAAGAUCUAAAAAUCUGUCUUUACUUGUUUUCUAUUCCUUGAAUUUGCGCCACUGUUUUUGGCUAAAACCAUUUUUGAUAAAUGCUGUUACACGUACUGCAUUGUUAAUAUAACGGAAAUAAGAACUUAAAAGAAACCAAAGUAUUGCCCAAUUUUAAGUAUACAAUAAAUGAAAAAUUUGGCGCGAGAAAUGUUUUAAAAACUGUCUAUGAAAUGGCACUUUCUAGAUAUAUCCUGAUGUUUCUAGUCCAUGCAGAAAUUUGGUGUGUGGCAUUCUUACCAAUUCACCAAAUAUGACAUAAUUCAAGACAAAAGAACAAACGUUGGGGUUGACAAGAUUCUAAAUUGAUACGAUUGACUGGAGUUUGUAACUUGAUUGACUUUUGGCUAAUUAAUGGUUUGUCAUACAGAAUUUUAUUAGUGACUGUGUGACUUUAAAUACGACUGGCUGGGAUUCGUACCACGAUAGGCGCUUAAAUCUUAUGUUCUAAUAACAUGUGUUACUCGCUCAGAAUAUACCACAAAUUGCACCUCACCGAAUCUUUCUUUAAAAAAUUCCCAGCGGAGAGGACCCACACCCACCCCAAUACCGGGGGAUUCGCGUUGCACUGCAAGGCCAUAAACUUUUUUUUUUAUUCUUCUUAUUCUCACCCCCCGCCCCCCCACGCCAUUCCCCAUUGACUUGUUCUGGAACCUACCUGCACAUGGUUGAUCCGCGGCCCUGGAUCCUGGGGGAUGCUGGUGUUACCCUCGAAAUUUUAACAAUAUUUCAAUACAAUGUAUAUUUUAUCUAUAUUUUAAAUAUCACAUAUCAAAUUUUGUGCACUGGGCCGUCUUGGUUGGUGCAUACAAUCAAGGAGUUGGCCCGAAAUUCAGACUAGUUAUUGCACCUAACUCAAAAGACUUGAAAGCAGGCAAAACAAGAGAGAAAGGGUACUUACAUGCUCCUUCACCGUUCAUGAUCAGUAAUAAAAGGUUUUUUGUCCUGGACGUUGAGUUUAUAAAGGUUAAUAGCGCGGACGUAAUCGAAAACAAUUGUAUGACGUCAUGGUGCUGGUUCUUUUAACUUGCAAAAUCAUCGAAUUUGUGUUUCUUUUUUGUUUUAAAUAUCAAAUUUUCGGUUUUAAAUAAAAUUAGAUUUUGUAGAAAUUCAUAGAUUAUCUGUAAAGUCGCUUGCUUGUAACUAAUUCUGAGUUAUUAUAUUUAUGUAACCAUAAUUUAGUGAGUUUUAUUCCGAAAUGACAAUUUCUAAGGAAGUUAUUUUUACAUAAACUGUUAUAUUUUUUCUUAGGCUAAACACAAAAUGUCAGUGGAAAUAUGAUUUUAAAUGUAACAGAUAACCAUUUCAUAAAACGAAAUGAACAUAUAAAAUCAAA